AUGAAGCACGAACGCGCAACGCUUCCGACGCCGACGUCGAGCAACUCCUUCUGGCACAGCGAGCCUAACGAGUUCCUGCUUGGACACCGUACCACCGAACAGCUUCCCGCUGAAGCUGACAUUGUCAUCGUUGGAAGUGGCAUAACUGGCACAUCUGCUGCAAGAUAUCUCGCUGAAGAUGAAAGGGCAAAGGGUAAAACCAUCGUGCUUCUUGAAGCUAGAGAAGCAUGUUGGGGAGCUACAGGCAGAAACGGUGGACACUGCCAGCCACUACUCUUUGAUCGUAGCGCUGAAGUGGCCGCGUUCGAGAUGAAGAACGUCCACGAAGUUCGAUCGUACAUCAAGAAGCACAAUGUUCCUUGCGAAUGGCGAGAUGUAUCCGGGUGCCGCUCGUUCUGGACAGAAGAGGUGAUGAGCGAGGCCGAGAAGGAGAUCGCGCACCUAGAAAAGAUAGCACCAGAGCUGAGGAGCUUGGUGACAAUCAUCCGUGACAAGGAGGAGCUGAGAAAACACAGAGUCUCUCCCAACGCCGUCGGAGUAACACUGAGCAAAGGUGCGGCAAGUUUGUGGCCUUAUAAGCUGGUCACAUUCAUUCUGGAGCAACUCGUCCGAGCUGGACAGCUCAACCUGCAGACCAACACUCCUGUCAACAACAUCACAUCCACGGAUGGUAAGCACACGCUACACACUGAUCGCGGUACAAUCGACGCAAAGACGGUCAUUUUAGCGACCAACGGCUAUACAUCAGCCCUCAUCCCCCACUUCGCCGAUCUCAUUGUUCCCGUACGGGGCGAGAUGUCGGCUCUCUUGCCUCCUAAAGGGAACACGAUCCUCCCAGAUUCUCAUGGAAUGGUAGGAGCCUUAGGUCAGCCGGCCAAUAACGACGAUUACCUAGUCCAGCGGCCGUUCGAAGGCGUACCAAACCCUCGUGGGCAUUUGAUGUUCGGUGGCGGCCGCGGAGCAGGUCAUCUCCCAACUGUCGGGGUAUCGGACGACAGCAUCAUAGACCAGGACUCAGCAGCAUAUCUCCGCAGCGCGCUUCUAAAGAUCCUUGAGCUAGAUGGAGAGACUGAAGGCUUGACCGAGCUUGAAGCCGUGGGACAGUGGACGGGAAUCAUGGGAUAUUCUAGAGACGACCACCCAUGGGUUGGUAAAGUGCCGGACCGGGAAGGGCUGUGGCUUUCUGGCGGAUACACUGGACACGGCAUGCCCAACACCACGCUUUGUGGCAAGGCAGUUGUGGACAUGCUACUUGGAGAAGAAGCUGGUCAGGAAUUGGGUAAUUUACAGUCUCAGAUGGUUCAGAGCGGUGACAUCCCUAGCAGCUAUCUUCUGACCAAGGAAAGGAUCGAGCGAGCGAGGACGUUCCUGACUGUGCAGCAGCAGGAUGAGCAGGGCGUCCACAUGAACGGUGUAGUUUGA